AACUGACGACGACGUUAAAAGCGAGUCACUGACUCAGAAUCGAAUCGGUCUUUCUGGUUACCCCUCACAAAUGACGUCAAUUUUGGGUUCUAGUUCUACCCCUUUAUCUCGAUUUCUCCCAAAACCAAUAUUCAAUCGCACCAACCUCUUCCCUUUAUCGAAAUCAACUCGACAUUCGUUCACGAAAAUCGUCAAUUUUGGCGGAUUAGGGCUUGAAUCUGGUAGCCGGGUUUCAUAUCGAAGCAAGCGAGGGUUUAGAGGUGGAAUUAUGGCUAUGGCGGAUUCCGGUCCCGUUCAGAAAUCAGAGGAUGAAUGGCGUGCAGUUCUAUCUCCUGAACAGUUUCGUAUCUUGAGACAAAAAGGAACCGAGUAUCCAGGAACAGGUCAAUAUAACCAUUUUUAUGAAGAGGGAGUGUACACUUGUGCAGGAUGCAACACUCCUCUUUACAAAUCAACCACAAAGUUUAACUCCGGUUGUGGGUGGCCGGCGUUCUAUGAAGGUCUUCCCGGAGCUAUAAACCGCCAUGCUGAUCCAGAUGGAAUGAGGGUGGAGAUCACGUGCGCAGCAUGUGGAGGGCAUCUUGGGCAUGUAUUCAAAGGUGAAGGUUUUCGUACACCAACAGAUGAACGCCAUUGUGUUAAUAGCAUCUCCCUUAAAUUUACCACUGGAAAUUAAAUAAUUUUGUUGUUGGUGAUAUGUUUUUUUAUAAGUUUGAUAUGAAAUAUACCCUUUUAUCCCUAUUGUUCAACUUUGGGUUUUGUUGUAUUGUAUUUAUAAUGAAACUGUCCCUGUUUGUUGGUUCAGCUA